GCCGCGCGGGGGGAAAGGAAGGCAAGAUGGCUGAGAUGGGCAAGGGAGUCACCGCGGGGAAAAUAGCCAGCAACAUGCAGAAGAAACUCACCCGAGCCCAGGAGAAGGUCUUACAGAAGCUCGGCAAAGCGGACGAAACAAAAGACGAGCAGUUUGAGCAGUGCGUGCAGAACUUCAACAAACAGCUGACAGAAGGCAGCAAGCUGCAGAAGGAUCUCCGAACUUACCUGGCUUCCGUAAAAGCAAUGCACGAGGCCUCCAAGAAGCUGACGGAAUGCUUGCAGGAAGUGUAUGAGCCGGAAUGGCCUGGGAGAGACGAUACCAACAAAAUAGCCGAGAACAAUGACCUGCUCUGGGUGGAUUUCCAUCAGAAGCUUGUGGAUCAGGCCCUUCUAACCAUGGACACUUACCUUGGCCAAUUCCCGGACAUCAAAUCUCGGAUCGCUAAGCGAGGGAGGAAGCUUGUGGAUUACGACAGCGCCAGACACCAUUUUGAAUCCCUACAAACCGCAAAGAAGAAAGACGAAACCAAAAUCGCCAAGCCUGUCUCGCUGCUUGAGAAAGCUGCGCCUCAGUGGUGCCAAGGAAAACUACAAGCUCAUCUCGUUGCUCAAACUAAUCUGCUCCGAAAUCAGGCCGAAGAAGAGCUGGUGAAAGCUCAGAAGGUGUUUGAGGAGAUGAACCUCGAUCUGCAGGAGGAGCUGCCUUCGCUAUGGAAUAGUCGUGUUGGUUUCUAUGUCAACACAUUCCAGAGUAUAGCAGGCCUAGAAGAGAACUUCCAUAAAGAAAUGGGCAAGUUGAACCAAAACCUCAACGAUGUCCUGAUGAACCUAGACAAGCAGUACUCGAGCAACGCCUUCCCCAUUAAAGCACAGCCAAGCGACAGUGCCCCUGCGAAAGCAAACAAAAGCCCCUCGCCUCCACCCGACGGGACCCCCAUCACCAGCCCUGAGAUCAAGACCGUCAACCAUGAGCUGGAACCGUCCUCGUUGGAAACACCCGGGGCUGGCAUCCCUAAGUCGCCGUCUCAGUUGCGGAAAGGCCCUCCGGUGCCGCCACCUCCAAAGCACACCCCCUCCAAGGAGAUCAAGCACGAGAACAUCAUCAGUCUGUUUGAUGACAAUUUUGUCCCCGAGAUAAGCGUGACCACCCCCUCGCAGUUUGAUGCCCCUGGGCCCUUCCAGGAGGGAGCCAGCCUGUUGGAUCUGGAUUUUGAUCCCAUUAAACCAGACGCCAGCCCUGUGGGGAAGACACCCACACCUGCCACUCAGUCUUUACCUUGGGAUUUAUGGGAGCCUGAAAAGACUUCCUCGAGCAGCAUGCAGUCCGUGGAUCCGUGUCUUGCUGACAACCCUAGUGAUAGCACAUUUGCUGUGGACUGGCCCAGCCAGUCCACAGAGACCCAGCCAACCCAACCAGCAGAAACCGCUCCUGUCAGUGCCGAGCCAGCAGGGACGGAAGCACCUCCUGCUAGUGCCGAAGCAGCUGGGACAGAAGCCGCAGCUGGAGCUGAAGCACCUAAACCAGAAACUGACUCAGGAUCUGCUCCUAGUUCCCUGCCUGCUGUUGUCGUGGAGACGUUCCCAGCCACCGUCAACGGCACCGAGGAGGGCAGCGCCCCCUCUGAAAGGGCCGACAUGCCCCCGGGUUUCCUGUUUAAGGUUCAGGCCAUGCAUGACUAUGUGGCCACGGACAGCGACGAGCUGCCGCUGAAGGCUGGGGACGUGGUGCUGGUGAUUCCGUUCGACAACCCGGAUGAGCAGGAUGAAGGAUGGCUGAUGGGCGUGAAAGAGGCUGACUGGCUCCAGCAUAAGGAACUUGAUCAAAGUCGGGGGGUUUUCCCGGAGAAUUUCACAGAGCGGGUGCAGUGA